UCCACACUGCUUUCCACAAUGGUUGCACCAAUUUGUAUUCCCACCAACAGUGUAGGUGGAUUCUUUAGGGCUUAUUUCUGACAAAUGGAAUUAGGUUUAUUGUUGACACAGAGAAAUAGUACCUAACAUGUAACUACAGUAUUUCUACUGGUGGCAUAUAAUGAGUAACUGUUAUCACAGGAGGCCACACCAGUGUGACUCAAGGACACUGUGAUAUAGCAAAAAGAAGGGUAGACAACAUUAGAAAGCUUGGGUUCCGGACUACACCCAACCACUUAUAGCUGCAUGAGCUUUGAAAUUCACUUUUACCUUUCUCCUGAAUUGUUUGGAAUACAGGAAGUAAAGCAGUUUAGAAACUAAAGCGCUGGGACAGAGACAGCCUCAGAGUCUUCUCUGUGGGACCCCAGCUCUGAGGCUUAGGGCCCAUCCGCCAGCGGGCUGUGGAGAGGUUUGCACACACCUCUUAUUAAAGGGUAGAAUGAUAAAUGAGCUUAAUUUAGAGAAUGAGAAAUAUGCCAUUAUUCCCUUAAAAAAAAUCUCAGAUGUUAUGCUAUGGGAGAAUGAAAAAUGUUGGCUUCGUUGAUGAGUUAGUUUUGGUGCCUUACUCUUAUCUAGGGAAAAAGUCUAGUUUGCUUGGUUUGGCAUUAGAAAUGUGGUUGUCUGAGGAAUAACUUAUGUUGUAUCUUACCAUAUAAAAUUGUAGAUUUAACUACUGUUUUAGGAGGAAAUAUAUACUGUUAAUUCUCAGGAAAAAAAUGUGUAUAUUCUGAGAUAAACAUAUCACUAUUUUCAAUUUGAUCAAGAUAAUCAGUAAUCUCUGGACAUGUAUAUUAUAUCGCUUUAUUUGGGAUUGGAUAAAGGAGGAAACUCAAGGAUAUACUUUUUCUAUAAUCCCUGUUAUUUGAGAUGAUAGGGUUUGUUUCUAACAAAUAAAGCAGGAGAGAAAAAGAAGAGAAGAAGAAAGGAAAGGAUGAAAGAAAAAAAAGGGCAGGUUUCCUUUUCCUUUUGGGGAGUAAGUUUGCUUGCUUUUGUUAUUUCUUAAAAAAUUGGUUCUUUCUACCUCAGGUUCUGAAGGUUGGAAUCUUCCUAGUAAGAGCAAGGUAUUUUUAAAUAUUUUGUUUGAAAUAAUUGUAGAUAUACAGAAAAGUGCAGAAAUGUACUGAGCAGUGCCAUGUAUGAGCAAGAUUUUUUUAGUUGAAUGGUGAAAUUUUAUUUACUUAGAAAGGUUAACCCUCUCUAAUGGUUGGAUAUGGUUGCUCUUUUGUGUUCACAGAAUUCAUAAUGGCCUAUUUUUCUAUGGAGGCCUGAUUUUGCUUUUUGUGGGGGUUAGGUUUGGAUAGGCAUUGAAAAUGCUGCUGGUGGCAUAGAAUGUGUAAGUGUUAUCACAGGAGGCCACACCAGUGUGACUCAAGGGCACUGUGAUAAAGCGAAAAGAAGGGUAGACAACAUUAGAAAGCUUGGAUUCUGGACUACACCCAACCACUUAUAAGCUGCCUGAGCUUUGAAAUUCACUUUUACUUUCCUCCUGAAUUGUUUGGAAUACAGGAAGUAAAGCAGUUUAGAAACUAAAGCGCUGGGCUAUUUUAAUUAUUAAGAUUUUUUCAAUAACAACAACAACAACAACAAACACCAAAGAUUCCUUUACUGGUUGUAAUUCCUAUGAUAAAAAUUACUUAUUUGAUUUGAACAAUAAAGGCAGAGGAAUUUUGACAAAAAGUUUUGUCAAAUAAUUUUGUGCAAAACAAUGCAUGUGACAUCUUGAAACCUGGGAAAACAGAGAACAAGAGGGAUGGAGUGGCUACACUGUCUCAGCCAGCAGUAAUAUCUAGCCAUAAAAAUUAGCUUGUUACCUUGGCCUGCAGUCAGCCCAAAGCCGGUAGGUUCUGGGAAGGGAGUUACUACCUGUGAAGGUAGGGUUGAGUGCAUCAGGGGCCUUGUGACUGUUCUCACAGUACUGUUUGCCUGAAGAAAAGGUCUGCUUUCAGUACAUAUUUAAGGUGAGAUUCUUGCUUCUGUUUGCAAGUACGAUUUCAUAAAAAUCUCUGAACUUUAUAGAUUGACAUGGUCAAAGAGACAUUAGAAAGAAGACAAUAAUGAGGGGAUCAUUACCAAACAUUUAUUGAACACUUUGUAGGGUGCUAAUACUGUGCUAAGUGCUUGACAUUCUUUCACUGAAUCUCACUGAACGUGCAAUAAAUAACCCUAUGAGCAAAGUGCUGUAGUUACCCCAGUUUUACAGAUACAGAAGCUGAGGCGUCCAGUGGUUAAGUGAACUACCCAGGAUCAUAUACGUACUAAAUGGCAGAGUCACUUGUCAAUUCCGGUGUGUCUGGCGCCAAAGCCCACAUUUUUACCCUAUGAUAAGCCCUUUAUUUUACAGAUAAGGAAGUGAAGGUCCUAAGAGGCUAAGACCUGUGGUCACUGUCCUUUGUACUCUUAGUCUGGGUCUUUUUCUGCAUUAUAUCCUCUUAAUAAAUUUUUUAUAGCUAUGCAUUUGGUCAAGUAUUUCUGGCCUCUGUGAAUCUUACUAAUGUGUCAAAUUGAUACAAAAGUUACUAGGUUUGUAAACGUUUAGAUAGAAUAAGAUUUAGAUUUUUAAACUUUGUAGUGGAAUCACUUAAUCUGAUUUUUAAUGAAGCGUUUUCUGCCAGACUCUUAUAAAGGAGACGCUGUCUCUUAUGUGCUAUUAAAAGUUGAACCUUGUGACUACUGUCUAUGUUUUUCUUUUAGAGAGGUCAAAAGGGACAGCCUGUGACUUCGUGUAAAAAAUAGCCACCAACAAUCUAUCCAGCAUCAUUUUUAGUUCUGUAAUUUUGGUAACGCCACAUUUUCAAAACAGAUUAAAUUUGUCUGAUUUAUUUCAGAAGUAUAUAUUACAAAGCAUUUAAAGGCAAUUGAGAAUUCAAAUGCGCACAGCAGAGCUAGAGAGCUUUUUACAGAGAGGCCAUCUAAGAGAGAAAGAAGAUAUACCAUCAAGACCUAGAAUAAUUCUACCAUUUCUUCUUCACCUUGAGGAGAUUUGGAAAUUAGAGGGUAACAAUUUGCAUGAAAAUUACUGAAUGCUUUUUCUUCUUAUCUCUGAGGCCUUCUGUGGAGAAUUAAUAGGAGGUCGAAUGAGCACAUGGAUAAAAUGGAUCAUCUUAAAGGAUUGAAAUUCCAAAAAUACAUCAGCAGGACUGAACAGGUUUGACAUAAUGAGAUUUCUAUUUUAGCUUGACUUCUGGAACUCUGAAUAAACCAUAAACUGAGCUACCCAAGGUCCUGGGAAGGAAGUUUCUUUUCUAAAAUAUUCUGGCCAUAUAACAUUUUUUUUUAUUCGUGACCUUUGAAAAAGUAUAUUUACUCAUAAACUUUCUUAGGAACAAGACUAUUAGACACUUACCAAGUUUUAAUAUAUGGAGAUAGAAAACAGCAAUGUUGUAUCAUGCUGAAAGAGAAAUUUGAUUAAAGAAACGGAGACCAGAAAGAGGCAAAAUAUCUACGUAAGCAUUGGUUGAGAUGGCAGAAGCAUCUGUGGAUGCCUCAACUCCGCCUGUAACAGUGAAGAAAAAGAAAAGUCUAUCCAUUGAAGAAAAGAUCGACAUCAUAAAUGCAGUAGAAAGUGGCAAGAAAAAAGCAGAGAUUGCAGCUGAAUAUGGAAUAAAGAAAAAUUCAUUGUCUUCUAUUAUGAAAAAUAAAGACAAAGUUCUAGAAGCCUUUGAAUCUCUGAGAUUUGACCCAAAGAGAAAAAGACUGAGAACUGCUUUUUACACAGAUCUGGAAGAGGCAUUAAUGAGGUGGUAUCGAAUUGCUCAGUGUCUAAAUGUACCAGUUAAUGGUCCAAUGUUGCGUCUAAAAGCUAAUGAUUUUGCCCAGAAACUGGGACAUAAUGAUUUUAAGUGCAGUAAUGGUUGGCUGGAUCGCUUUAAAUCCAGGUAUGGUUUAGUAUUCAGAGCUCAGCCUGUAGAAGCCACAACACCAGUAGACCCUUCAGCUGUCUGGCACCAAAACGUACUUCCUUAUUAUUUAAACGAUUAUCAUGCUAAAAAUGUUUUUAAUAUAAAAGAGACUGGGCUGCUUUAUAGAAUGUUACCUACAAAUACAUUUGCAUUUAAAGGAGAAACAUGCUCAAUUGGAAAGUUAUGCAAAGACAGAAUAACUCUGGUAGUCGGCGCCAACAUGGAUGGCUCAGAGAAACUUCCUUUGCUUAUCAUUGGAAAAAACAGAAAUCCACAUUGUUUCAAAGGUAUAAAAUCAUUGCCUGUAUGUUAUGAAGCUAAUAGAAUGGCAUGGAUGACCUCAGAUGUAUUUGAACAAUGGAUGCGGAAGCUUGAUGAGAAAUUUCAAGCCCAACAACGACGAGUGGUGAUUUUUGUUGAUUCUUUUCCUGCGCAUCCAGAGGUAAAGAACCUGAAGUCCAUUGAGUUAGCAUUCUUUCCAUCAUGUUUAUCUUCCAAAUUUAUAGCAAUGAAACAAGGUGUUAUUAAAAGCCUUAAAAUAAAAUACCGACAUUGUCUUGUCAAGAAAUUUUUAAGUUCUGUUGAAGGCAGCAAAGAAUUUACGUUUUCCCUGCUAGAUGCAGUUGAUGCUUUGCACCUCUGCUGGAGAGCUGUAACACCCGAGACUAUUGUUAAGGGCUAUGAAGAGGCAGGAUUCAAAUCUCAAAAUGACGAAAGUGACAAGACAAACACGGAGACAGACCCUGGUCUUGAUUUGGUUGCCCAUGCCCAGGCAGCCGGAGUGGAAUUUCCUGAAGGUUUAUCUAUAGAGGGCUAUGCUGCCCUGGAUGAUGAUCUGGAGACCUGCGAAACGACACCAGGUGAAGAAGAUUCGGGGGGGACCGCAGAGAGUAAAUCAGAUGAAGCUGCGUUUGAUACUUCUGACGAUGAAGAUGAUGGUGGAUCUCUAGGGGCCCAACUCCCUUUACCAUCAAAAAGUGAGGCAAUAACUGCUUUAGAUACUCUUAAAAUUUUUCUUAGAAGUCAAGAUAUCGAUGAUGGGCUUCAUAAUUCUUUAGCAGACCUUGAAAUUUUUGUUAACUCUUUAUCAUCUAAAUAAUUAUUUACGUACAUCUGAAAAGUAAUAGCUUUUCCUAAUGUAUUUUACUAUAUAAGGUAUAUAAAGAGAAAAUACCACUUAAAGAUAAAAAAUGAAAAGCUAGUAAUUUUUAGUUUAAUUGAAAAUGUCUUUGGUUUGAAUAACAAAGUUCCCUAGGUAGAUUGAAUAAUGAGUAAGUAAAUGAAAAGUAUGAAUUUCAAUUUAACAAGAUUUUAGGGAGUAGAAAAUGUAUUUCACAGGACUUGUACUUCAAACAUAUGGCAUAUAUGUUAAAAAAUAAAAAGAACUCUCUAGCUAUUUGAUUCGUACAGGUUGACUUGAUGAUUACUAUUUUCUUCUUUUUAAGGCUCAGAUUGUGUUCUGGAAUAUUUUAAUUUACCUAUAUAUAAGAAACAAAAUAUCUACUGCUUAGAUGUUUGUUUUUAUAAAGACAUAUAUUCUAACUAGAUUUAUUUAAAGUUACUUUUCUUGUAACAAGCUAAUCUUUCUAAUAAGAAAUCAUGGAAACUACUGAAAAUAAAAUCUGACCCAAUAAUAUCUCAAAGUGAUGAAAAACAUAUGUCUCACUACUUUAAAGUUAUUUCUACAUAAGGUCAAAUGAAAGACUAUGACCUUAUCAGACUUUUUUUGUCAUCUACAACUGGAAGAUGAUACGGAUUCUUCCUAAAUACUUGUAUGUAUAUGUGUGUUUUUAAUAGAAAUACAUUAUUGAAACAUUUAUUAAACUUUUAUGAUAUUUAUAUUUCAACAAGAUUACUCUUAAAAAGUAAAUAUAAAUAUACAUAUGUAGUUACUAAAAAGAAGUAUUUUAUGUAGUUCUUAGUUUUCUAAUUUUAACAACUGAAACUUU